UUUUUUAGUAGAAUUUUGAAGGUUAUAAAAUUUUUAAAUGUUAUACACAUAUAGGUGGCUAGCAAGAUUGUAAACAAAAUACAUAACCUAUAAAAUACUCCAAAAUUAAGAAUGCACCACGUUGGUUUAUUUAGUCUGCUAAUUUUUAUGUGAUUAAUUAGGAUUUUUUAUAAAUAAUUUUAAGUGGUAAUUUGGAAUUUAAAUGAUGAAGAUUGUUUGAUAAAAAAAUAAAAAAAUGAGUGAUUUUGCUAAAUCGCAGCUCGAGAAAUUUGGUUGGGUUGCAGGUAAAGGUUUAGGAAAAAAUGAAGAUGGGAUGACAGAAGCCCUGCGACCAAAAUUAAAAUUCGACACCAGUGGAAUAGGCCAUAGAGACACGUCUGGGAACCAAUGGUGGAAUUCAGUUUACAACCAAGCAUUGAAUAACAUCAACGUUGACAGUUCAUCAGAAAACAAGCCAGUCUUCAAAGUAACUAAGAGCAACGCGGUUGAAAUAGCUGCUGCGAAGCUCAAUAUAAACAUAGGAAACUCCAAGAAAUCAAAGGACGGCUUAGUCUACGGCAACUUUGUAAAAACUUCCACGCUAGAAGGGUCCAAAGAAGUCCAGAGUGCUGCGCAAAAAAAGCUGAGUGCCAAGAAAGAUGACCCGGUAAUGUUCAAGGACUUUAUUGUCGACGAUGACAAGCUAUUCAAGGCAUGUGGCGGCAGAACUGCACACAAGGGUGCUCGGCAUGGUCUCAAGCUCAGCGGGAAGUUGGCCAGGAUUCAGCAGCAGGAGCUGUAUUUUGCCAAUCUCGCGGAAGUUAAAAGUGCCAAGAGGAGAGCACACAUUGGCUGUACUGCUAAUGGUCUUGUUGAUGUUGACAAAGCUGUGGAAAAAUCUCCAGAGAUUUUGAACGAUGAUGAUGAUGAUAAUCAGUACAAAUCGGUGUCGAAGAAAAGUAACAGGAAAUUAAAGCGUAAGCUUGAAGAUUUGAGUCAUAAAUUAUCCAGCUCACUUUGUCUUGAGGAGAAAAUUGAUGGUGGUAAAAAAAAUAAAAAUAAAAUAUAUGUGGAGCCGCAAUGUGCUGAGGAAGAUGCUGAUGUUGGUUUCAAAAGGAAAAAGAAGAAGAAGAAAGAGAAAAAAGUUAUUACUGACUGUGAAUUUCUGAAUCAUAAAAUUGAAAAGAAGAAAAAAAAGAAACAUAAGAAAAAAGAGAAAGCUAAGUUGGAAUUGGCCUCUAAGAAUUUAACAGACUUUGAAGAAAUUGUUAAUAAUGUUUCUGAGAAUUUAGUUAAAGUUAAAAUUGAUAAGAAGAAAUCUAAAAAAUAAUUAUUAUU